AUGGGAUUCAUCCUGUAUCUAGACUCUUUUUUGAUUCCCUCGAGUCUCUUCCUCACAUUUGGUUACCAUGCCUAUCUUUGGCAGAGCUCCAGGCAAAAACCUUCCAGUACCAAAUUUGGAGUUGACAAAUUGAGGAGGAAAGCAUGGUUUGGAGACAUAAAACAGGGUGAUGAUAAGAAGGGUAUGUUGGCAGUCCAAAGCUUGAGAAACACUCUAAUGACCACCAUCCUCACUGCUUCAAUAGCCAUUCUGGUUAACUUAUCAUUGGUUGCUUUGACCAACAACACAUACAAUGCCAGCCGUCUUUUUAACAGUGAGGUUUUCGGGUCACAUUCUGCUAGGAUCUAUCCUCUAAAGUAUGGUUCGGCAUCACUGUUUCUGUUGGUUAGCUUCUUAUGCAGCUCCAUGGCCCUCGGAUACCUGAUUGAUGCCAAUUUCUUGAUAAAUGCUUCCUAUGACGAGUGCUCAUCUUCUCCUGCCUACACACAAACGAUAUUCGAACGAGGGUUCGCUUUGGCUGUCAUCGGAAACCGUGUGCUCUGCAUUUCAUUUCCUUUGUUGUUGUGGAUGUUUGGGCCGUUGCCAGUGGCUGUGUCCUCGGCAGCAUUGGUUUGGGCGUUGUAUGAACUUGACUUUGCGGUUGCUGGCAAGUUCAAAUGCAAUCCGAAUGUCCAAACACUCUAGCCUUGAAAAUUACAUAUGUGUUGUAUACAUAUCAUUAAUUAAUAUA